CCCGACAAUUGAAUAAUUUCACCACUGUACAUUACAAUCCUCUGUUUGAAUCCACCGCAGAUUCACCCAAUUGCGUCCGAGAGUGAGGUCGAGACGCGCAAUGUGACUCACGCUCAAGGAAAAAAGUAAUACUCAAAAAAAAAAAAAAAAGCUGCUGAAAAUUCUUAUAUAUAAACGGGUGGUUCUGCAAAGCUUUGGUCGACUGAUAUUCUUAAAGAAGCCCACGAAAUCGGCGAUUGCGAAGAAGAAGAUGAUGGUGAUGAUGAAUUUGUAGCGAUUCUUGAGGAGAGUUAGAUUCCUGGAAAUGGGGACAUCUCAAAACUAUCCAAACCUAGCUGGAACAGGAAGAUUCCAUCAAGAGCCUCAAGAGGAGCUUGAAUCCUACUUUUCAAACAGAACCUAUGAUCUCGAUCACUGCAUCAGCCCCGACGGAGGAAGUCCCGGAAUUCGAUUCUCUGAUCAACCGUACGAGCAGCAUUGUGUUUUGGGACCAUCUGCAGCAAUAGUGAGCAAUCCAUUCUACAAUUCUUCGACUGCAAGUUUGUCCUCGAAUGGGAGCUCAAAUUCUCAACCAGAUUGUCUGUCGGAUACAAACAACUCUGUUUCUCAAAUCCCAGAUGCAUUCAAUCAGUUCUCGCCGGAAUCGGUGUUGCCGAGAGGAAUAAUCGAAACUGUCCGGAGAAAGGACCUCAGAGAGUUACUCAUCACUUGCGCGAAAGCCGUAGCCGAAAACAAUCAGCUGAUGAGGGAGUACUUAAUGUCUGAACUUCGAUCGAUGGUUUCGGUCACCGGGGAGCCAUUGCAGAGGCUCGGAGCUUACAUGCUCGAGGGGUUGGUCGCCCGAUUGGCGCAAUCAGGAAGCUCGAUUUACAAAGCGUUGAGGUGCAAGGAGCCCACGAGCACCGAGCUUCUAUCAUACAUGCACUUGCUCUAUGAAGUCUGUCCGUAUUUCAAAUUCGGUUAUUUAUCCGCAAAUGGCGCCAUUGCGGAGGCGAUGAAGAACGAAAAUUGGAUACACAUUGUCGAUUUUCAGAUCGCGCAAGGCGCGCAAUGGAUGACUCUUAUACAAGCACUUGCUUCCCGGCCAGGGGGUCCGCCGCACGUUCACAUCACGGGGAUAGAUGAUUCGGCGUCGGCAUAUGCUCGCGGGGGCGGGCUCGAAAUAGUCGGGCAGCGGCUAUCGAGGCUCGCUGAAUCAUGCGGAGUGCCGUUUGAGUUUCACGGCUUGGCGAUUUCUGGCCGCGAUGUGGAAAGCAAGCACCUUGAUCUCCGGCCGGAGGAAGCGCUCGCCGUGAAUUUCGCCCUGACGUUGCACCACGUCCCCGACGAGAGCGUCAGCACUCAGAACCACCGCGACAGAAUCUUGAGGAUGGUGAAGAGCUUGUCUCCCAAGGUGGUUACUCUAGUCGAGCAAGAGUCGAACACCAAUACUGCGCCGUUCCUGCCCCGUUUUAUCGAGACGAUGAACUAUUACCUGGCUAUAUUUGAAUCGAUAGAUGUGGCUUUACCGAGGGACCAUAAGGAGCGCGUCAAUGUCGAGCAACAUUGUCUGGCUCGGGAAAUCGUCAACAUAAUUGCUUGUGAAGGACAGGAGAGAGUGGAGCGACAUGAACUUCUAGGGAAAUGGAAACUAAGGUUUGCGAUGGCGAAGUUCGCUCAAGCUCCUUUGAGCUCGUUCGUGAACAUGACAAUUAAGAAUCUGCUGAAGAGCUACAACGGGAACUACCGGCUGCAAGAGAACGACGGGUGCCUGUUUCUUGGCUGGAUGGAUAAAGACUUAGUUUCUUCCUGUGCUUGGAUUUAGAGAAUCUCAGGAUUGUUAUUGUGUUUCUUUCUGCUCAAUAGGCCAAAGAUUAUGAUAAUGAUGCUGUGAAAAUUGAAUGUGGUUAAGAAAACAGCCUGUUCUAGCUAUAACUUGUGAGAUUUGUGUGAGAUUUGGUUAAGAUUUAUUAUGACAAAAAGGA